GAGCAGCGACUUCCUCUUUCCGUGGGCUCGCCGGUGGCGGCAGGCGGAGGGGAACCGAGGGGAAGCGCUCCCCUCUCCGACCGCGCUGUAGUGUGUCCCGACUGCUGCCCUGGAGGGACAGGAAAGGGGGACGCGGGGGUGUGUGGCAUGAUGAGUUCCCCUGGCAGGGCCAGCAGCGAUUAUCCCCUGCAUGUCCUGGUCUGGAAUAAUGACUACAGGAGGCUGGAUGUGGAGCUGCAGGACAAGGAUGUUGAUCAACGGGAUCCACGAGGCCGGACCUUGCUGCACCUUGCUGUUUCCUUGGGUUACAUAGAAUCUGCCAAAGUCCUGCUUCAGCACAAGGCAGAUGUCACCAAAGAGAAUGGGCAGGGAUGGACAGUUUUACAUGAGGCUGUCAGUACAGGAGAUCCAGAGAUGGUACAAAUGAUUCUGCAGCACCGGGACUACCAGCAGACUGCCAUGACACUGGGAGGAGUUCCUGAAUUGCUCCAAAAGAUUAAUGAGACUCCUGACUUUUAUGUGGAGAUGAAAUGGGAGUUCACUAGCUGGGUCCCCCUGGUUUCCAGAGUUUGUCCAAGUGAUGUCUGUCGCAUCUGGAAGAGCGGUGCCAAGCUGCGCGUGGACCUCACUCUGCUGGGCUUCGAAAACAUGAGCUGGGAGAGAGGGAGGCGGAGUUUGAUCUUCAAGGGAGAAGAUGCUGGAGGUUGGGCAGAGCUGAUUGAGAUCAAUCAUGAUGAGAAGUUUGUCACCACAGAACGUUUUGAGAUCUCCCAGCACAUGAAGAGGUUGACCUUGGGCUCUAUGACGCCCAAGAGGAAAGAUGUGGAGCGGCGCCUGACGUCUCCCAUCAUCAACACGUGCCUUGACACCAAAAACAUUGCUUUUGAGAGAACCACCUCUGGAUUCUGGGUGUGGAAGACAGAAAGAGCAGAAGGUGUGAAUGGUUAUGAAGCAAAGGUGUACUUUGCCAACAACGUCAACGUGGUCACCAAAAUCCGAACAGAGCACUUGACAGAGGAGGAGAAGAAAAGGUACAAAGCUGACAGAAGCCCCCUGGAAUCCUUUCUGGGUACAGUGGAGCAUGAGUAUGGUGCUCAGAGUACAACCAAGACAACAGAGUAUGCUGCAAGUAACAACCCCACUGCUAUUACUCUGGAGGAAUACUUUGACCCAGGGUUUGAUUUGAGAGGCAGAGACAUUGGGAGACCAAAGGAAGUCACCAUUCGAACACAGAAAUUCAAAGCAACCCUGUGGAUGAGUGAGGAGUUUCCCUUGUCUCUCAUGGAGCAAGUCACUCCCAUCAUUGACCUGAUGGCCAGGACAAGUGCUCAUUUUGCCAGGCUGAGGGAUUUCAUCACUCUGGAGUUCCCACCAGGAUUUCCAGUCAAAAUUGAAAUUCCCCUCUUCCACGUGCUGAAUGCCCGAAUUACCUUUGAAAACGUCAAUGGCUGCAGGACAGCUGACAAAACAUCCUCCCAAGCUGUUGGAGCUGCACAGUGUGAGUCAGGUGCUAAUUUUGAGGUUGACCAGUCAGUGUUUGAGAUCCCCAAAUCCUACCACGUCCAGGAUGAUGGCAGGAACAUCCACGUGCAGGACGAAGACAACGAGAUCAUGCAGUUUGCUAUUCAGCAGAGCUUGCUGGAAUCUGGUGGCAGUAAGGACCUGGGGGUGCACUCCAAUGGAGCAGUUGCAUAUUCACAGGACUUCAACAUCCAGUAUCAGAGGGCGCUGCAGGAGAGCCUUCUCACCAGCUCAGGUACCUCACUCUGCAGCACCCCAAGUGAGCCUUCCAGCUUUGAGAAGGACUUGCAGCUCGCCAUGGAGCUGUCGGUGAGGGAGCAGGAGGAACGGGAGAGGCAGCGCCGGGAAGAGGAAGACGCAGAGCUUCAGCAAGCUUUACAGCUUUCCCUGGUGGAAAAAUAACUCUGCAGCCAUCUCCCUGCAGCAAGGAGGACCAAAGCUGUGUAAAGCUGAGAGCUUCCAAAGCUCCCAGCCUGAAGACCACUCCUGGAUUGCUUAAGUAAUCAUUUCACCUGCCUUCUGCGCUGGCGCCCUCAGCCACCGACAGCUGAUUCCCUGUGGUUUGAGGGAGCUGCAGCUCAUGGGACACUGUGUUUGGCUCCCCAGCCACGAGGUCCUAGCUUGGGAGGAAGAGUUUGUAGCAAGGAGGUAUUUAUUGAAGGGCAGCUGGGAAUUUUGCUUAGCCUCAGGAUAUAGGA